AUGGUGUCGGCGGUGGAGAAGGCCGGCUCGGGGGCGGCGCCGUUGGGGGGAGGAAAUGGGCGACGCCCGCGGAGGGAGGAGGAGGUCGGCGGGGUGAGCGGCCAUGGGAGCUCCGCGCACCAAAGCGUGGAGACAGUCGAGGUCGACAGGGAAGAGAACAAGGUUACGGUGACUGGCGAUUUCGAGCCGGAGGUGGUGGUGAAGAAGAUCAAGAAGAAGACAGGGAAGAAGGUGGAGAUCUUGAUCCUCGAGAAAGAUGAGGAGGAAGAAGGCAUGGGACAAGAACCUUAUGGUCCAUAUUAUUACGAGAAUCCAGAGAUGUACCCGGAUGAUGCAGAUGUGCCCGAUGAGUUUCGAAGCUAUAGGCCAGAAAGAUGGAACUUCGACUACUUUGAUGACGAAAACGCACAAGCGUGCAUGAUAAUGUAG